CCGCUGCCUGUCAGUGGAAGCGCCCACUCUGACUGACAGCUCGCAGCCUCCGCCCAAACCAGCCGCGCCACAACCAGGCAGACUGCUUCCAGCUCCCAGCCGCCAACGGGGGCUGCAGGGAUGAACGACAGUAUCCCCCUACAACCCGUGAGGCGACAGAGGAGACAUGACAGUAAACACCGGAGCGGAUGCUGCCCUUGGUCGAGAUGCUGCGGGAUGGGGGACUUCCGCCCUCGCACCGUGUGGCUCGGCCACCCAGAGAAGAGGGAGCAGAGGUACCCGAAGAACGUCAUUAACAACCAGAAGUACAACUUCUUCACCUUCCUUCCCGGGGUGCUGUUUAAUCAGUUUAAGUACUUCUUCAACUUGUACUUUUUGCUGCUGGCCUGCUCUCAAUUUGUCGAGGAGUUACGCCUUGGUGCCCUCUACACCUACUGGGUCCCUUUGGGGCUUGUUUUGUUUAUCACCAUCAUGAGAGAGGCAAUUGAGGAGAUAAGGUGCUACCUUCGAGACAAAGAAGUCAACUCUCAAGUCUACAGCAAGCUUUCCACAAGAGGUACGGUGAAGGUAAAGAGCAGCGGCAUCCAAGUGGGCGACCUUAUAAUCGUGGAGAAGAAUCAACGUGUUCCUGCUGACAUGAUCUUUUUAAGGACCUCUGAAAGAAAUGGGUCCUGCUUCCUGCGAACUGACCAGCUGGACGGAGAGACGGACUGGAAGCUGCGCCUCCCAGUGGCCUGCACCCAGAGGCUGCCCACUGCCGCAGACCUCCUCCAGAUCAGAUCAUACGUGUACGCAGAAGAACCAAACAUCGACAUUCAUAACUUCAUUGGAACUUUCACCAGGGAAGACGGAGACCCCCCGGUAAACGAGAGCCUCAGCAUCGAGAACACGCUGUGGGCCAGCACGGUCGUCGCUUCUGGCACGGUGGUGGGGGUUGUGAUUUACACAGGCAAGGAGCUGCGGAGCGUCAUGAACACCUCCAACCCACGGCACAAGGUGGGUUUGUUCGACCUGGAGGUGAACUGUUUGACUAAGAUCUUGUUCGGGGCCCUGGUGGUGGUGUCGCUGGUCAUGGUCGCUCUCCAGCACUUUGCGGGCCGUUGGUACCUCCAGAUCUUCCGGUUCCUUCUCCUGUUCUCCCACAUCGUGCCCAUCAGUUUGCGAGUUAACCUGGACAUGGGAAAGAUGGUCUUCAGCUGGAUGAUCAAGAAAGACUCCAAGAUCCCGGGGACGGUGGUGAGGGCCAGCACCAUACCGGAGCAGCUCGGACGGAUCUCCUACCUGCUUACUGACAAAACAGGCACCCUUACCCAGAAUGAAAUGGUGUUCAGGCGUCUCCACCUUGGGACUGUGGCGUAUGGGAUGGACUCUAUGGACGAAGUACAGAGCCAUGUGUUUAGUGCAUACACGCAGCCCACCCAUGACCUACCGGCCUCCAGAGCUCCUGCAGCCACCAAGGUACGAAAGACCAUCAGUAGCCGAGUUCACGAGGCUGUGAAAGCCAUCGCCCUGGUGCACAACGUCACCCCGGUGUACGAGUCCAACGGUGUGACCGACCAGGCCGAGGCGGAGCAGCACUACGAGGACACAUGCAGGGUCUACCAGGCAUCUAGCCCAGAUGAGGUGUCACUGGUGCAGUGGACAGAGAGCGUGGGGCUGACUCUGGUGGGAAGAGACCAAUCCUCCAUGCAGCUGAGGACCCCUACUGGCCAAAUCCUGAACUUCACCAUUCUGCAGAUAUUCCCCUUCACCUACGAGAGCAAAAGGAUGGGGAUUAUAGUGCGAGACGAAUCGACAGGAGAGAUAACUUUCUACAUGAAGGGUGCUGAUGUGGUGAUGGCGGGCAUCGUCCAAUACAACGACUGGCUGGAAGAGGAGUGUGGAAACAUGGCCAGGGAAGGCCUGAGGGUCCUUGUGGUCUCCAAGAAGUCGCUGAGUGAGGAACAGUAUCAGGAUUUUGAGGCGCGGUACGUCCAGGCCAAACUCAGCGUUCAUGACCGCUCCCUGAAAGUGGCCACGGUGAUCGAGAGCCUGGAGAUGGAGAUGGAGCUGUUGUGUCUGACGGGGGUGGAGGACCAGCUCCAGACCGAUGUCAGACCAACUCUGGAGAUCCUCCGCAAUGCAGGCAUCAGGGUUUGGAUGCUGACCGGAGACAAACUGGAAACGGCCACGUGCACGGCUAAGAACGCCCACUUGAUCACCCGCAGCCAGGACAUCCACAUCUUCAGACAAGUGACAACGCGAGGGGAAGCCCACCUGGAGCUCAACGCUUUCAGGCGAAAGCAUGACUGCGCUUUGGUGAUAUCAGGGGACUCGCUCGAGGUCUGUCUGAAAUAUUACGAGUAUGAGUUCAUGGAGCUUGCAUGUCAGUGUCCUGCUGUGGUUUGCUGCCGAUGCACCCCCACCCAGAAAGCACAGAUAGUCCGACUGCUGCAGGAGCGCACGGGCAAACUCACCUGCGCAGUCGGGGACGGAGGAAACGAUGUCAGCAUGAUCCAGGAAGCCGACUGUGGCGUGGGAGUGGAGGGAAAAGAAGGAAAGCAAGCCUCUCUGGCCGCCGACUUCUCUGUAACUCAGUUCAAACAUCUGGGUCGUCUCCUCAUGGUGCACGGUCGGAACAGCUACAAAAGAUCAGCCGCCCUCAGCCAGUUUGUCAUCCAUAGGAGCCUGUGCAUCAGCACCAUGCAGGCGGUUUUCUCCUCCGUUUUCUACUUUGCCUCCGUCCCGCUCUACCAGGGGUUUCUGAUCAUUGGUUAUUCCACCAUCUACACCAUGUUUCCUGUCUUCUCUCUGGUGUUGGAUAAAGACGUUAAGUCAGAAGUUGCCAUGCUUUACCCAGAGCUGUAUAAAGAUCUAUUAAAGGGUCGACCGCUGUCCUUCAAGACAUUCCUAAUAUGGGUUCUGAUAAGUAUAUAUCAAGGGAGUAUCAUCAUGUACGGAGCCAUGCUUCUCUUCGAGUCGGAGUUUGUCCACAUUGUGGCCAUUUCCUUCACCGCCCUGAUUCUGACCGAGCUGCUGAUGGUGGCUCUGACCGUCCAGACGUGGCACUGGCUCAUGAUAGUUGGCGAACUCCUCAGCCUGUCGUGUUACAUCGCUUCGCUCGUAUUCCUGCAUGAAUUCAUAGAUGUUCACUUCAUCACCACGGUGUCGUUCCUCUGGAAGGUGACGGCCAUCACAUUGGUGAGCUGUCUGCCUCUAUACAUCCUCAAGUACCUGCGCAGACGCUUCUCUCCUCCCAGUUACUCCAAGCUGACCUCCUAAACAGAAUAAAUGAGUUGAGUACUAAAAGAACAGAGAAGUCGCUCAUCUUCCUCCUACCAGGGAUCCAACGCCAGAUUUAUUCCUUUCAUUGUGUUCUGAGAGACUCUGACAGGGACAGAUUGUUUAUUUAGAGUCUGUCAGUGAAAAGCAGUGUUAAUUGCUCUGUGUGUUUGAUGCAUGGCAAACUCCUGCGGUAAAUUGUAGUCCAGAUUAAAUGAACCUCAUUCAACCAGUUUUAUGAAAUGUGUUUGCUGUCGGCGAACAUGUGUGCAUUAAAAAAAUGCCCUCGAGACAAAUGGAAACAUCACUAUGCUAAUAAAAGUAUAACAGCUGGGCAGGUGGUGCAGAGCCGAGUGUUUUAUGGUGUGAGGAGGGAGGAAACUUAAUAACACACCUUCUUAUUUUGAAAGAAAAAAGGGAAUUUGACGCAGAGGAGUUGAUUCACUUUCUCCUCAAACAGCAGCUUGUAAUUGAAGGUUUCGAAUUAUAACGUUUAAAAGGAUUUUACAGCCCAGGCUUUGCUAAAACUAGACAGGAUUAAAUCGGUGUAUCUGCUGAUGCGUCAGCCCCAAAGCUACAGCUCAGCAUGGCGGAGGUGUUGUGGCUUCUUUUAUUUUGGGUUAUUUUUAGCAUGACCUC